AUGGACGAAGCCAAUGGCGGCGUGGCGCCGCUUGACGCCAUGUUUGAAGACCGCAGGAGGAAGUUCAUGGAAUUCCUCCAGCCCGGUGGCAACCAGGACGGUUAUACGCCGCAAAUCCGCGAUAUGAUCGCUAAGGGCCAUGUACGUCUCGUGGUGCUGAUGGACCAUAUUCGUGAGUUUGACCGUGAUUACUGGCAAGGUUUGCUUAAUAUGCCGCCUGAUUAUUUACCUCCAGCCGAACAGGCUUUAAAAGAAGUGGUCCAGAUGAAUUAUGACCCCCACACGGCUCCGUUUGAGUACCCACCGGACCAGAAAUUCCUGCUUGGGUUUAGAGGGGCUUUCGGUUCUCACCAGCUUACCCCGAGAACGAUUGACUCUCAUUUCUUAAGUCAAAUGGUGUCGGUUGAAGGGAUUGUCACCCGUGCUUCGUUAGUGCGCCCAAAGAUUAUUCGUUCAGUGCACUAUGUGGAGAAGACCCUGAGGUUUAUUUACCGUGACUAUAAUGACCAAACGACCCUGUUUGACCCCAUUCUGACUCCAGCGAUUUACCCUACUGAGGACCAAGACGGUAACCCUUUGACUACUGAGUAUGGGUUGCUGACUUAUCGCGACCACCAAAGAAUUGCCGUUCAGGAAAUGCCGGAAAUGGCUCCCGCGGGUCAAUUGCCUCGUUCCGUCGACGUCAUCCUUGAUGAUGACCUUGUGGACUUGACUAAACCCGGGGAUAGAGUCCAGAUUGUUGGUGUGUAUCGACUGUUGGGUGGCGGUAACCAGCUGGCUCUGUUUAGAACGGUGAUCCUCGCUAACCUGGUGUACCCUCUCCACGCUCGGUCCACCGGUGUCGCUGCCCACGAACGUCUUUCUGAUAGUGAUGUUAGGGCCAUCCUCAAAAUGAAGAACCACCCACAACUAUUUGACAUUUUGUCCCACUCACUCGCGCCGCUGAUUUACGGUUACGAAUACGUUAAAAAGGCCGUGCUUCUUAUGAUGCUUGGUGGGGUGGAAAAGAACUUGGAUAACGGGACCCAUUUGCGUGGUGACAUUAACUUGUUAAUGGUGGGUGACCCCUCGACGGCCAAGUCGCAAAUGUUGAGAUUUGUGCUUAACACCGCCCUGCUUGCCAUUGCCACUACCGGUAGAGGUUCUUCUGGUGUCGGUUUAACCGCUGCCGUUACCACCGAUAAAGAAACCGGUGAACGGAGAUUGGAAGCCGGGGCCAUGGUCCUCGCUGAUCGGGGGAUUGUGUGUAUCGAUGAGUUCGAUAAAAUGCUGGAAUCUGACAGAGUGGCCAUCCAUGAAGUGAUGGAACAACAGACGGUGACCAUUGCUAAGGCCGGGAUCCACACAUCGUUAAACGCUAGAUGCCUGGUAAUCGCUGCUGCUAACCCCGUUUUCGGUCAGUACGAUAUCCAUAAAGAUCCCGGUAAGAAUAUUGCCCUUCCCGACUCUUUGCUUUCUCGUUUUGACUUGUUAUUUGUCAUUACUGACGACGUUAAUACUACCAGAGACCGUGUGGUGUCGGAACACGUGCUUCGAAUGCAUCAGUUCCAACCUCCGGGGCUUGCUGAAGGUGAACCCAUCAGAGAAAAGCUGUCGAUCUCGCUUUAUGUGGGUGAAGAUGACGAUGAGGAAGAACAAGAAGAACGUCCCGUGUUUGAAAAGUUUAAUGCUUUACUUCAUACCGGGGCUGAACGCCAUCUGGGCCAGAUUGUGGCGUUAUCAUUCUUGAAAAAGUACAUUCAGUACGCUAAACAGAGAAUCCAACCGACCCUCAGUAAGGAGGCUCUGGAUUACAUUAUCGCCACCUAUACCUCGUUGCGUAACGAUAAAGUGCAAGAGACCCAACGCAAUACUGCCCCCAUCACUGCCAGAACUCUUGAAACCCUUAUCCGUUUAGCUACUGCCCACGCCAAGGUGAGACUCUCUAAGCUGGUGCUGGUGGCCGACGCCCAGGUGGCGGAGGAGCUUGUACGGGUGGCGCUUUUCAAGGAAGUGCAAAAGAAACUGAAGCGGGCGAGACCUCACACUCACUCCCCUGAAGUUGACGAAGAUGAAUUCGGUGAGGAAGAUGAUGGCGAAGAUGUGGAUGACCCUGUGAUCAGAGCUCCUCCGGCAAGAAAUGCUGCUACUACUAUUCCACCAGGAGAGACGACUCGUACUACUCGUCUGGGAGUCAGAGACGCUCAGCAACGCGCCGAAGCGGAAGCCACGAGAGCCGUCGAACACAUGCAUCUUGAUGAGGACGAUCUCGAUGAUGACGAACAAGACAAUUAUCACGAGGAUGGCGCCGAAGACGACGACGACGAUCUCGUGGCCAUUCUGGGGCUGAGAAUGGACGAGUUCAUCCGGGCGAUGGCGCUGGUAUUCCAGAUGGACAUGUUUGGCAGUGUCGAGAACGCUGCUGGCUACGACGACGUGGUGGCGGCACUUAACGAACGGGUGCUGCCGCCGUUCACCGAGGAAGAGCUUGAGGCUGGUUUUGAUAAGCUCACGGGCGACAACAAGGUGAUGGUGCUGGACGGCAUCGUCUACCGGAUCUAA